UGGGGACGCUGGGAAGAUGGCGGCUGGAGCGUCGGUUUCGGGGACGCCGGCGGCGGCAGGGGCCGACUUCGCUUGUGCGGAUUUCUCCGACUUGCGGCAGAUCAAGAAGCAGCUGCUGGAUGUGGCGGAACGGAGCCGGGAACGCGGCCUUCAGCAUAGCGGGAAAUGGGCCUCAGAACUGGCCUUUGCCUUGGACCCUCUACCCUUGAAUGAACUACCGCCUGUUCCUGAACUUACAGAGGAAGAUGCUUGUGAUUUGGAUGCUUACACUCUUGCCAAAUCUUACUUUGAUCUAAAAGAAUACGACAGAGCGGCCUACUUCCUAAGAAACUGCAAGAGCCCAAAAGCCUAUUUUUUGUAUAUGUACUCCAGAUACCUGUCUGGUGAGAAAAAGAAAGAUGAUGAGACAGUGGAUAGUCUAGGUCCCUUAGAGAAGGGACAGGUGAAGAAUGAAGUUCUGAGAGAAUUAAGAGUUGAACUUAGCAAGAAGCAUAAAGCCCGAGAAUUGGAUGGAUUUGGACUUUAUCUGUAUGGAGUUGUAUUGCGAAAACUGGAUCUAGUGAAAGAGGCUAUUGAUGUGUUUGUUGAAGCAACCCAUAUCCUGCCAUUGCAUUGGGGAGCCUGGCUUGAGCUUUGUAACUUGAUCACAGACAAAGAGACGCUGAAGUUCCUGUCCUUGCCAGAUACCUGGAUGAAGGAGUUCUUCCUGGCACACAUAUACACAGAACUGCAACUGAUAGAGGAGGCCUUGCAGAAAUACCAGAGUCUCAUAGAUGUUGGGUUUUCCAAGAGCACCUACAUAAUCUCCCAGAUUGCAGUGGCCUAUCAUAACAUUCGAGAUAUUGACAAAGCAUUAUCCAUUUUUAAUGAAUUAAGAAAACAAGACCCUUUCAGAAUAGAAAAUAUGGAUACCUUCUCCAACUUGCUUUAUGUCCGAGGUAUGAAGCCUGAAUUGAGCUAUUUGGCCCAUAACCUAUGCGAGAUUGACAAGUAUCGUGUAGAAACUUGCUGUGUAAUUGGAAACUAUUACAGUUUGCGUUCCCAGCAUGAGAAAGCGGCCCUCUAUUUCCAGCGAGCACUGAAGCUGAAUCCUCGGUAUCUUGGAGCAUGGACCCUGAUGGGGCAUGAAUACAUGGAGAUGAAAAAUACAUCAGCAGCUAUUCAAGCAUAUAGACAUGCCAUUGAGGUGAAUAAAAGAGACUACAGAGCAUGGUAUGGACUGGGGCAAACAUAUGAGAUUCUCAAGAUGCCAUUUUACUGCCUUUAUUAUUACCGACGAGCCCAUCAACUCAGACCCAAUGAUUCCCGUAUGCUUGUUGCUCUUGGAGAAUGUUAUGAAAAAUUAAAUCAGCUAGUAGAAGCCAAAAAGUGUUACUGGAGAGCAUAUGCUGUAGGGGAUGUGGAAAAAAUGGCACUGGUGAAGCUAGCAAAGCUUCAUGAGCAGUUGAAUGAAUCGGAACAAGCUGCCCAGUGCUAUAUCAAAUACAUCCAAGAUAUCUAUUCUUGCGGGGAAAUAGGGGAGAACUUGGAAGUAAGCACCGCCUUCCGCUACUUGGCUCAGUAUUACUUCAAGUGUAAGCUCUGGGAUGAAGCCUCAGUCUGUGCUCAGAAAUGCUGCGCCUUCAACGAUACAAGAGAAGAAGGGAAGGCUCUUUUGCGACAAAUCUUACAGUUACGAAAUCAAGGGGAGACAUCAACUACGGAGACAGCAGCCACACCUUUCCUACUUCCUUCUUCACUCUCUACCAACAACACUCCAACCCGCCGAGUCUCCCCACUGAAUUUGUCUAAUAUUACACCUUGAACUGAACUACCUUUCUGUGCUGGCUCAGUUGAGAGGAUGAUCCUGUUGUAAACUGGGUCCUUCUCUUGAAUACUGCCAUUCCAGGAAGGCUUGUGUAUUCAGUUUGGAUGGCUGACAUCACGUUGCUGAGGAUGACCGCCUGUUGUAUUGUAACCAUGAAAUGGUAAUAGCUCAGACAGCGCAGUGAGCUGAAUUCACUGUACAUCUCAGUCUUCUCACAAGCCUGGCACCUCUGUGAGAGAGAGAAGCUCUCUUUACACCGGCUGUGAGGUUGCUUUCUGUCCCUUUCACAUUCCUUUCUGAGGAUGUUGUAGUAAGAUGCAAGUUAUCCGUUUUAUCCAAUUUGCAUCAUUUUUGAAACCGUAUCACAUUUAUUUGAAAUUGAAAAAGAGUGUCUGUGAGCACCUGGCUUUUGUUUUUUUGUUUUUUUAAAUUAUGUGACUAAUAAACGCUUAUCUUAAAAGAUAGCAACAAGGCAGAGAACGUGGAUGGAAAAGCGAAUAGGUCACAUCUCAUCCAAUGCCAGGUUGAAACUGGCAACAAAGUGAUGAGUAUAUUUUAUGCCAGCAGGUGCAGUGUUGCUGCUUUCUCACAUAGGCUCUAGAAAUUGUAAAGGCUAUUUUAAUCAAACUUUUGUAGAUCAAGAACCAGAGGAAAUUUCUUGAAAGCAAACCUGUUUGUUUAGCAGCUUGUAAAUUCUCAGUUUCAACAAUGACUAUGUUAUUAUAGCUGAAUGAUUGUGAUCAGUCUUUAAAUGUCAAGACUGUUAGAAUUCAAGAAUUAUAACAAAAAAAUUUGUGUGAUUAAGAAUCAUGUUUACCAUUACUGUUUUUAUCAGUAUAUUUUAUCAGUAUAUUUUCAAAAAAUCAGAUUUAUGGCUUCUGACAUGUUUCAGAGAUGUUGAGACUUCAGUAUUCAUAUUUAGAACUUUAAUCUUCCUCCUCCUCCUCCUCCUCCUCAAGAAUACUCAGCGUGGGAAACAGUCUUUCCAAAUUUAUAGCAGAUAAGAUGUAUAGUCAGUUCAGCCAAUUGCUUGGACCAUCUAAUGAUAAAAUAAUUCUUAUAAAGUAGAAGUAAUCUAGCUAUCCCAUACUUCUAUAAUUGUAAAAUAAUCCAAUCCACUGUUGCACUGUAUGGUAGUCAUUGCAUUUGGUGCCUUGUUAUAGUAGUGGAAACUGAAGCAAGACUACCACCCUUUGAAUAGCAGAUCUAUUUUUUCCAGAUUAGAAUCAAUAAAUUUGUGCACAAGGAGGUUCUUGCAAAAUAAACAGAAUUGUUUGUGCUGGUGGUGGUUCUAGAAGUAUCCCUCUUUAGUCUUGGAUUGCUGCAAAUUAUUCCAUGAACUAAUGCCUCACAUGGUUAUCAAAAUCUAAAUACUAUAAUCUUUUGCUAUUAAAAUGAGGUAUUUAUCAAAGUUAGUGUAUAUCAUAACAAAUGCCAGUUACUCAGGUUUUCUAAGACACAAAAAUACCCCAUAUCUGCCCUUGUCAAGGAAUAUGCCUCCCAGCUACAUUAACUCAAAAUUUUGCAUGUACUUUAUAUUGAGUAUACAGUAGUGAUGACUUAGGCACUGAAUGUUGGAGCCAAUCCAAUUUCAUGCCCCAGGAUUUUUCUGAAAAACAGCACAUUUAUGCAGUUAAUGGUCUCAACGAUCUGUUUCUUGAAAUAACCGAGCUGUAUAAUGCUCUUUAACAAGAGUUUUGUCAUGUGGAAAGACAGCUGGUUGAAGUGGAAAAAAAAAGUAGAAUGGAGGGCAGUUUGUUUUCUGCUUUUGAAUGAGAUGCAAGUUUAUAUGAACUUCUGAUUACGUUAUGGUUUACUUGCUCAGGAAUGCAGAAAAGAAUAUACAUAGUCCUUUGCAUCUAGUCAGCUAUGUCUCUAUAGUUGGACAUAUAGAGGUGACAUUAAGAGUGACGUUAGGGGUGUGAUAUUAUAUUUUAUCUUAUGCAGAUACAUUAGUAGAAUUUUCAGACUGUUCUACAGCAGGGAUUCCCAACCUUGAUUGGCACCAGGCUGUGCAAACAAGCAAAGCUCCAUCUACAAGAUGCAGGUAGGAUGCGAAACCACAUCCUCUCUGGUCCAUGGAAAAAACUUUCUCCAUGGAACCAGUCCCUGGUACCCAAGAGGUCAGGGGCUGUUGUUCUGUAGAAACCUCUUCAUGGGGUUCCACGAGACUAUGGGGAAAAAUAUUCACGUGAACCCUGCCAAUCAUCUAUUGGUAGAGCUUUGCCUCUUGAUUAGAGGCCCAAGUGUUUUAAAAAACAGAUCCAUGGCCUUAAGGCUGAAACCUCCAAUUGCAUACUUUAAAAACAAUGGCUCCAAUUUACAUAGUAUUUAAUGAGGAAGGAUCAAGUUGAAAAAUGUCCUUUACAGGUUGUCCUUACAGCCUGCUGCUUAAUGACCGUUCAAAGUUACAACAAACUGAAAAAGCUACAAUCCUUCCUCCGAAUUAUGCCUGCUGCACCACCUGUGACCGGUCAUGUGAUAGCAUUUCAAGCACUUAGCAACUGGUUCACACUUAUGUCCGCUUGUGUCCCAGGAUCAUAUAACCAUUUUAUGAUAUUUUUUUUGUCAAAUACCUAUUGGAUAAGCUGAGUUUGACACUCCCCCACCCCCCCACUAAUUUUAGAAAAUUUGGGCAGCAGUAACAUCCAAAUAUAUCUUAUUCUUUUAAAAAAUGGUUAUUUUGUUUACUGAACUUUCAGCAAACUAAAUAGCUUUAGUAAAAGCUGAAGCCCAUUGAUAGGUGCAGGACAAUGGCUACCACAA